AUGUUGAUCGACACGGGCGCGGAGAUCACAUUCAUCACUGCUUCUCUCGUGCCGCAACUCAAGCUUCACCGGGAAGCAUCGGUAAUACCGAUCAUCGGGAUCGGCGGGAUGCAUUCGGGCCACACGCGCGGGGUGGUUAGCGUAAAGCUUCGGUCUAUGCACUCAUCGGACAUUGUCUCAAUAAAGGCUCACAUUUUGUCAAAGUUAAUGCCUACUCUCCCUUCAUUUACACCUCCUAACAUCUCACUUUCUCAUCUGCAAGGUCUUCCACUUGCAGACCCGGAAUUUCUCUCACCAGGGUCCAUCGAUUUAAUUCUCGGGGCUGACAUCUAUGGGCAACUCAUUCGGGAGCAGAUCAAGCGGGGGCCUCACGGCACACCGAUUGCACAGAAUACGGUUUUCGGGUGGAUCGUUCUCGGUCCUAUGGACUCUUCUCAACAGUCAGCCGGGUUGGUUCAUCACGCUGCAGUGGACCACGGGUAUCAGGAGCUUCAGGAUCUCCUCACACAGUUUUGGGUACAGGAAGAAGUCUCGGGCUCGGGCGAAUCGCACCUCACUCCUGACGAGCAGGAAUGUGAGACUCAUUUCUUGACGACACACAAACGGGACUCAGACGGGCGGUACGUCGUCAGAUUGCCGGUUAAAUCCGCAUCGGGGACAUUGGGCGGGUCUUUUCACACAGCUUCUUCUUGUCUCCAUCGACUACAAUGCAAACUCAAUCGGGAUUCAAGCUACAAGGGCCUCUACGACACGUUUCUCGGGGAAUACGAAUCAUUGGGGCACAUGACUCGAGUCUCGGGCAAUCACGCCCCUCUCGGGCCUAUUUACUACUUGCCGCACCACGGGGUGCUCACCACAAAGUUACGUGUUGUAUUCAACGGGUCGUGCAAUACAGAUUCGGGAAUUUCGCUUAACGACAUUCUGCACACGGGCGCGAAACUGCAGCGGGAUACUUCGGACGUUCUCUUGUGGGUCAGACGACACCGUUUCGUCUUCGCGACCGACAUCGUUAAGAUGUUCCGGCAAAUUCGGGUUCACGAAAGUGAUUGGGACUUACAACGCAUUUUAUGGGUGGACGAGGGCGGGCGGGUCGUUCCAUUCCUUCUCACCACGGUCACUUACGGUACUCGGUCAGCACCAUUUCUCGCGGGACGGGCCCUGGAUCAACUGGUUACAGACGAGGGCGGGAAAUAUCCCGAAGCUGUCGCCCCUCUUACAAAGGGGCGAUAUGUGGACGAUAUUUACGGCGGUGCUGACCAGCUCGCAGAUCUCAUCACGCAAGCGGAGCAACUCAUCGGGAUUUGUACAGCGGGCUGCUUUCCUCUGGCCAAGUGGCAGAGCAAUCAUCCGGAGCUUCUCACGGCAGUCGGGGCGACCUCCUCAACGGAAAACGCUCGGGUAUUUGAAGAAUGUGAGACAAACGUCCUUGGUCUCGCAUGGCUUCCUCACACGGACGUGUUCAAAUUCACGGUUCACAAGUACACAGCCGGGGACGGGAUCACGAAACGCAUCAUUCUCUCGGAGAUCGCACAAUUAUACGAUCCAUUGGGUUUUCUCUCACCGGUAACGAUUCGGGCCAAAGUUCUCUUACAAAGGCUUUGGUUAGAAAAGUUAAAUUGA